AUGGCGGAAGGCAAGCUCGAUCUGCCUGACGAUCUCCUCUCGUCCAAACCGUCCGAUCAGUCCUGGACCUCCAAAGUUGAAGCCUCUGGAGGAAAUGAUGAAGAAAAGGUGCUUAUUGGGUCAUCUGAUGACUCAAAAGAUCCAGCAGCCUCAGAAAGCAGCAUACCUUUGUCCCCCCAAUGGCUGUAUGCCAAACCUAGUGAGUCUAAGUUGGAAAUGCGCGGCCAAAGUUCACUCGGAAACUCCACUGAUAGCAACCAGAAGGAAGGUUGGCGUUUGGAAGGAUCUGAUGACAAAAAAGAUUGGAGGCGGCCUGCCACUGAAAGUGAAAAUAGCCGUCGUUGGCGUGAAGAGGAAAGAGAAACUAGCUUGCUUGGUGGUAGAAGAGAUCGCAGGAAACCAGAACGCCGUGUUGACAGUGUUCCAGUUAGAGACACAACUGACAAUAGGACAUUGCCUGCAUCUGAAAGGUGGCAUGAUGGCCGUAAUUCUGUGCAUGAAGUGCGGCGUGAUAGCAAAUGGUCAUCGAGGUGGGGUCCUGAAGACAAAGAAAAGGAACCUCGAACUGAGAAGAGAACAGAUGUAGAGAAGGAAGAUGCUCACACUAACAAUGACAAUCAAUCCCUUGGAGGUAACAAUCGUUCAGCUCCUGAGCGCGAGUCAGAUUCUCGGGACAAAUGGAGGCCACGCCAUAGAAUGGAGGUUCACUCUGGUGGGUCAAAUACUUACCGUGCUGCACCUGGAUUUGGACCUGAAAGAGGACGGGUGGAGGGUUCAAAUUUGGGAUUUACCCUUGGAAGAGGGAGGUCAAAUGCCAUCGGGAGAUCAUCUGCAGGCGUUAUUGGCUCUGCUCCUUCAGGAAAAAGUGAAAGCGUCCCAGGGAAACCUAGGCACUCAGCUGAUAGUUUUUGCUACCCUAGGGCAAAGCUUCUUGACAUUUAUCGUCAGAGAAAGCUUGAUCUAUCUUUUGCUACCAUGCCAGAUGAGAUGGAGGAAUCACCCCCUACAACUGAAGUAGGAUUUGUUGAACCACUGGCUUUUCUUGCCCCAGAUGCUGAAGAAGAGGCCAUCCUUAGUGAUAUAUGGAAGGGAAAGAUUACAAGUAGUGGGGUUGUAUACAAUUCUUUUAGAAAGGGGCGAUCAACUGAGAACAGUACAGGUGUUGGGGACUUGGAAGCUGUUGAUGGAGUUCUGGGUAUUUUGCCCUCAAACAUCCCUGAAGAGUCUAUCAAUACCUUGCAGGAGGCUGCAAGUGCUGAUACUAAUGGGAGUUUGUGGAAUUAUGGUCCACAGAGGAAUGUGGUAGAUGAAAAAGAUGUCAAUCAUAAAGAAUGGCAAAACAAAGCUACUGCAGGAAAGGACCUUGAUGGAUUGUCCCUAAAAUUUCAAAAAAGUAAUGGUAUCUGCAGUGAUUUUGAGACUGAUGGUGCUUACAAUAGUGCCGAUCAGCUCCAUGUUCGUGACAGUAGGCAAAUUGCAGAUUCUACUUUUUCCAGUCAUUCUCUCUCUAAUGACAUUGAGUUUACCCCUUCUUCUGACAUAAGAUCCAAACUUCCCGAUGAUUCAAAUACUCUCUAUGCUUUAGGCUCUUCUGAGCAGAUGCAGAGUACCAACCCUCGGGCAAAAGAAGUAGAAAGGGAUGUCCCUCCCGAGGACUUAUGUUUGUAUUACCUUGAUCCUCAAGGGGUUAUUCAGGGACCAUACCUGGGGGUAGACAUUAUUUCAUGGUUUGAACAAGGUUUUUUCGGGACAGACUUGCUUGUUCGUUUGGCAGAUACUCCUGAAGGAACACCUUUCAACGAAUUGGGGGAGUUCAUGCCACAUCUGAAAGUUUGGGAUGGGCAAGGGAAUAUCAUGAAUCCAAGUUCUAAUAUAGAAGAAUCCAGUGGCUUGAUAGGGAGCUUAGAGUCCAGUUUACCGUCGUCUGCUCCGGUUUCAGAAAUUACUGAUUCAUUUAUGGGGAAUGACCUUCGGCGGCCAUUGCCUGAACUAAACACCCUUUCAGCUCAGCAUAUUCUACCCAGAACAUCUGAGCCUGAAGCUCCAUUACAACUGCCAAAUUCCAGGGGUCAAAGCUUUAAUGAUUUUGUUGCAGAUGAUGAAGAUAUUGUGUUUCCAGGAAUACCUGGAACCACCGGCUAUUCUACUGCAAAAUCUUCGGGGACCAUUCAUGAUCCUAUAGCUAAUUCUAUUAGCCACCUUCCUCCAACUGAGCUGACUGAAUCUGGUAUGCCUAUUCAGAAUGAUAAUAAGUUGCACCCCUUUGGCUUGCUAUGGUCUGAACUAGAAGGUGGUCAAACAAAACAUAUCAAGUCAGCCAAUACGCCUUCUAGUGCGGGGAGGGCGGUUCCAUUUGGUGCAAUUUCUGAUCCAGCAGUUGUUGCCGAGACGUGGUCUGAUGUUCACAGAAAAAAUACAGUCUCUGAUACAAACCUGUAUCAAGACAUGAUAGCUCCUCAGCAAUUGGCACACAUGGAACAGGAACCCAGUCAUUAUGAUUUAGCGGAGCAGCUCAUGUCACAGCAAAUUCAACAGCAACAGCUCCAGCAGCGAAAUAUGUUGUCUAGUUUUGGGCACUUGAAUGAUGCAGUAUUAGAGCAUUUGCCAAAUCAGAAUCUUAUUCACCAACAGUUAGCCAACCAUUCUUCUGCCGACAUGGAUCAUCUAUUGGCACUUCAGAUGCAACAGCAUCGACAGGCUCAGCUCCAGCAACAUCAUCAAUUGCAGCAGCAGCAAUUUCAUCAACAGCAGAAGCUUUUACAGGAGCAACAGCAAUCUCAAGUACAACAGGUGCUUCUUGAACAACUGCUGCGUGGUCAAAUGCAUGAUCCUGCACUUAGGCAGCAACAUGUUGAUCCUGUCAGAGCAAACAAUGUUCUCGAUCAGGUUCUAUUGGAGCAGCACCUUCUGCAUGAGCUUCAACAACGGUCUCACCAUCUUCCAAGGCAUGUUGAUCCAUCUAUGGAACAGCUUAUCCAGAAGUUUGGUCACACACCGCAAGGACAUCAAACUGAUUUGUUUGAGCUACUGUCUCGUGCGCAGCAUGGGCAAAUUCAAUCGUUGGAACAUCAGAUGCAAGCCAGGCAGCAGUUACCAAUGGGAAUGAGGCAGAGGAUGGAAGAAGAGAGGCAUGUCAAUUCUGUCUGGCCAGCAGAUGAAUCAAAUCAGUUUUUGAGGGGCCAUGCUGGUACUCAGCAGCGAGCUCACUCUUCUGGAUUUAGUCCUUUGGAUUUUUACCAGAGGCAACAGAGGCCAUCCCAUGAGGAGCAGCUGAGUCACCUUGACCGGAAUCAUUCAUUGCAGGAUCGACUUCAGCAAGGGUUUUAUGAGCCUGGCUCACUGCCGUUUGAGCGGUCAAUGUCAUUGCCUGCUGGUGCACCAGGGAUGAACUUGGAUGUUGUAAAUGCUAUGGCUCGUGCUCAGGGUUUGGAUAUGCAGGAUUCCGCUGGACGUAUGCAAUCGGCUGGUCAAUUGGGAACAUUUUCGUCUGGCAUCCAUUCUCAUAAUCCUCAUCACCCUCUUCCUAACCAAUUUCAUGUCUCACAUUUGGAUGCACUUGAGGGACACUGGUCUGAGAAGAAUGAACAGCUAGAAAAUGACUGGCUGGACUCUCGGUUUCAACAGUUGCAUAUUAAUGCUGAGCGGCAGAAAAGGGAGUCAGAAAUCAAAAUUCCUUCUCAGGAUCGAACUUUAUGGAUGUCAGAUGGAUCUAAUGAAGAGCAUUCAAAGAGACUAUUGAUGGAGUUACUCCAUAAAAAAUCAGGCCAUCAACCCACUGAGUCAUUGAAUGUCGGCAAUGAUAUGUUCUCUGAUAAAAGGCUGUCAUCUGGCCUCUACUCUGGAUCAAGUUCUUCAAAUCACCCAUUCAUUCUUCACGCAGACCAAGAAGCAGGUCUAAAUAAUUCAUUUCGAGUAGGAUCCUAUGGUUCUAAUCCAUGUGAGCUCCCACAGGAAGAGCGAGCCUGCAGUGUGGAAAGCAAUGAAAAAUUGAUGUAUAGACCUGAUUCUGGAGCAUUGAUUGAGAGAGAGUCAUUCUUGGCAGGCAUCAAUGCUACGACUCAGUCAAUUUACACAAAUUCUAACAUGAUUAGUAAGUCUUCUGUCAAUAAAGAACGUUCGGAGUUGGAGGGGAGGAAGCGUGGAUCCAAGAGUGAGGCAAUCAUUAUGGGUCGAGCUUUUGAGACUCAAGAACGAAUGGCUGAACAAGCAGGGUUGGCUGCCCAAGAUUAUGGGGAGAGGGCAACAAAUGCCCUUGGCAUGCAUAAUUCAUCUGGUGUUUCAGGUGGGAAUGCAGGCUUUUACGGCGACAAGAUUGGCCGAAGUAAUUCAUUUGCAGAAGAAACUACCAAGGAUCGGGUGCCGGUCCCAUCCAAAGGUCAAGACAAUAUUCUGCUGAGGCGACCUGCUGUCUCAAAUGCUUCAGCAUCCCAAGAAGGAUUGUCAGAACUGAUUUCCAAUCCAGUUUUCAGAGGGAAAAAUUCAAGUGGUGCUCCAGAUGGGGGGAGGCCAGACCAAGUCGUUAAUCCAGUAAACCAAGGUUCUGACGUCAUUUCAUCUUCAAAGAAAGAAGUGCAUUUCCGCCGUGCUUUAUCCGUCAGUGACGCUGAUGUGUCAGAGGCGUCAUUUAUGGAUAUGCUUAAGAGUAAUACCAAGAAGGUUGGUCCGAUGGAUGCCCAUACGGCAGCAGGAUUUUCAGAAGCAUCCGAUGCAAUGCAAGGGAGCCGAAGUGGCAAAAAGAAGGGAAAGAAAGGGAGGCAAAUUGACCCCGCACUCCUUGGUUUUAAAGUUACCAGCAACCGGAUAAUGAUGGGUGAAAUUCAACGCAUAGACGAUUAG